UACUUUACCAAGCGUAAAACUAAUACAACAUGCCAUCGGAUUCAAACGAUCAGAGCAUCUCCGCUUAUGGAGCUGCUCGCUCCACGGUCAAGGGCCAGAACCUUGACCCUGAGGAAGUCCGGAAGAUGGACGCCUACUUUCGCGCCAGCAUGUACCUAUGCUUGGGUAUGCUCUACCUGCGCGACAAUGUGCUCCUCAAACAGCCAUUGAAGGUGGAGCAUCUCAAGGCACGCCUACUCGGUCACUGGGGCUCAGACGCAGGACAAUCGUUCACCUGGAUUCACAUGAACCGGCUGAUCAAGAAGUAUGAUCUGGACGUUCUCUUCAUCUCAGGCCCGGGUCACGGUGCCCCUGGCAUUCUCUCACAAUCAUAUCUGGAGGGAGUGUACUCCGAAGUCUACCCGGACAAGUCAGAAGACGAGCGAGGAAUGCAAAGGUUCUUCAAGCAAUUCUCUUUCCCCGGGGGUAUCGGCAGCCACGCUACCCCAGAAACCCCCGGUAGUCUUCACGAAGGUGGCGAGCUGGGGUAUUCCAUUUCGCAUGCCUUUGGCACCGUAUUCGAUCAUCCCAAUCUCAUCACCCUGACCAUGGUGGGCGAUGGUGAGGCCGAGACUGGGCCACUCGCUACAAGCUGGCACAGCACCAAGUACCUCAAUCCCUGCACCGACGGAGCCGUUUUGCCCGUGCUCCAUCUCAACGGGUACAAGAUCAACAAUCCGACACUCCUCGCACGUAUCUCCCAUGAUGAGCUUUCUGCUCUCAUGAAGGGUUACGGCUGGACCCCCUACUUUGUGGAAGGUAGCGAUCGCGAAACCAUGCAUCAAGCUAUGGCAGCUACGCUCGAGCACUGUGUUCUUGAAAUCAGAAAAUUUCAGAAGAAAGCCCGCGAGUCCAAGGAGCCCUUCCGCCCACACUGGCCCAUGAUCAUUCUGCGCAGCCCAAAGGGUUGGUCCGCCCCGCGCGAAGUUGAUGGCAAAUUUCUCGAGGGCUUCUGGCGUGCCCACCAAAUCCCCAUCACCGACGUCCUCACCAAUCCUUCGCAUCUCCAGCUUCUCGAAUCGUGGAUGAAGAGCUACAAACCCGAAGAGCUCUUCACUCGAGAAGGUCGUCUGAUCUCUGAACUCAAGGCCCUCGCUCCAACCGGUAAUUAUCGCAUGAGCGCCAAUCCGGUGGGUAACGGUGGGCUCCUACGGCGACCGUUGGACCUCCCCGACUUCCGCAAGUACGCACUCACAUCCAUCGAUCCGGGAGCUACCAUCCGCGGCAGCAUGGUCAACAUGUCACACUACCUCCGUGAUGUGGUCGCCUUCAACCAGACCAACUUCCGUGUCUUCGGGCCGGACGAAACCGAAUCAAAUAAACUCUCCGAGAUCUACAAAGCCGGAAAGAAGGUCUGGCUGGCUGAAUACUUCCCCGAAGAUUCCAACGGUGGAAACCUCUCCAUGUCCGGUCGAGUAAUGGAAAUGCUCAGUGAACACACCUGUGAAGGUUGGCUAGAAGGAUACGUCCUCUCAGGCCGUCAUGGGCUCCUUAACAGCUACGAGCCCUUCAUCCACAUCAUCGACUCAAUGGUAAACCAACACUGCAAGUGGAUCGAAAAAUGUCUCGAAGUUGAAUGGCGCGCCAAAGUCGCCUCGCUGAACAUCCUCCUCACCGCGACCGUCUGGCGCCAAGACCACAACGGCUUCACCCACCAAGACCCAGGCUUCCUCGACGUCGUGGCCAACAAGUCUCCCGAAGUCGUACGCAUCUAUCUCCCGCCAGACGGGAACUCCCUCCUCUCCGUAAUGGACCACUGCUUCCGCAGCGCGAACUACGUCAACGUCAUUGUCGCCGACAAACAAGACCACAUCCAAUUCAUGGACAUGGACGCCGCAAUCGCACACUGCACCAAGGGCGUCGGGAUCUGGGACUGGGCCAGUAACGACCAAGGUGCGGAACCAGACGUCGUGAUGGCCGCAUGCGGCGACGUUCCCACCCACGAGGCACUAGCCGCCACGGCGCUGCUGCGCGAGCACCUCCCCCAGCUGAAAGUGCGCUUCGUCAACGUGGUCGAUCUGUUCAAACUCAUGUCCAAGAUCCAUCACCCGCACGGAAUGUCCGAUCGGGAAUGGAAGGCUAUUUUCACAGCCGAUAGGCCGAUCGUGUUUAACUUCCAUUCGUACCCGUGGCUUAUCCAUCGGUUGACGUACAAGAGACCCGGACAGGAGAACAUCCAUGUCAGGGGAUACAAGGAGAAGGGGAAUAUUGAUACGCCGUUUGAGCUGGCGGUGAGGAAUCAGACAGAUCGGUAUAGUUUGGCUGUCGAUGCGAUCGAUCAUGCCCGUGGACUGGGCAAUACGGCGUCCGGGGUGAGGGAGAAAUUCCUGAAUAUGCAGUUGCUGGCCAAGCAAAAAGCAUACGAUGGUGGCAUUGAUCCGGAUUAUAUUCGGAACUGGACCUGGCAGUAUCCGCGGAAGAAGGGCGAGGGCGUCUGAACUGUUCGUGUGGGAGAUUGGAGGGAGAAUGGGCAGCUGUCAAUAAUCAUAACCAAGUAUUAAUAGGUUCGUCGUAAGAUCAUAUGAUGGACUGUAAAUUUAAACAACUAGUGCUCGGUUAAGUUCACGGGUAAGGAAGCUGCCCCUUUUAGUGUUAAUAGUUGAAUGUUUAUGACGGAUGAUAUUGAGAAACCUAGUAGUAGCGAGAAAUAUAUGUCAGUGGUUGAC